UCAACAAAAAGAAAAUAUUAAAAUCACCCUAUUGGCUUCCCCUCCCACUUUGGACUUUCUUGUCCAAGGCCGCAUUCCUGAUUUGAUGUCCUUUGGGUGGAAGAGAAAGUCACAGUAAGAUCAUGGAUGCCAGUGGAUGCCAUUGGCUGUUGUUUUGUUUUCAGAGCUGGUUUUAGAGCCCUCUGUUGGACUGAAGAACCCUCCACAGCUGGAAGAUGAUGGAGUUGAAGGCUCAGCAGACAACACACAAGGGCAUCAAGUCACUGGACACAUUCAUGCCUCAAGUGUCCUGAAACCAAAGGCUAUUAAAAGAAAACUCCGGUUCAGCAAGUGGAUUCCCUGGCCUUCAUGCUUAGGGUGCAGAGGUACCAAAUACUACCAGAAGGAUGUAAAGGAUGAAAGGAUGCCAAAAACGUAGCUUUUCCAAUUGGUGAGAAAAAACCAAGACAGCAAAGCAAGUUCAAGUCCAAAUACAAUGACACUGCAGGGAACCUUCACAGAGGAUUGAAUUUUAGACCACAGAAUGCUCUUGCUGAUUUCAACCCACCAGGCUCCUUCGAUUUGAGAAGCCACAGU